AUGCUUGCCUCAUUUCCUACCAACUCGGUAUACUUUGACAAAUUGCAGAAUCUUUACCAUUUCGCGCCUCUUGUUACUCAGUCUUCUCUACGUCUGCAGCUGCAACAUGCGGCAAUGUCGGAUCAAUGGGAAUUUCACAGGGAAAAGAUCACCUCGCUCUAUCUCUUCGAAAACCUUACACUCAACGAGGUAGCAAAACGAAUGGCCCAAAAUCAUGGCUUCCACAUGAAGAAGCACCAGUACGAACACAGGCUCAAGAAGUGGAAGAUUUCCAAAAACAUGAAAAGGCAGACAUCGGAAUAUGUCGCUCACGUCGUUCAAAAGAGACAAAAGCAACAAAUAGGUUCCCAGGUGUCUGUCUAUGGCAUUCAGCUCUCAGACGCUCGCGUCAGGCAGAUGGUGCAGAGAUAUAGCCAAGUAUCUUUGGCACAGAAAUACGGCACUGUUCCCAGCCCGCGUAGCCCAGAAGGGCAUCUUGUUCGUGUAUCAACUCCGCCAAUAAUUGAACAGCGAGUGACUUGGCCAGAAAGCAUGCCAUGGCUACAGUUUGACGCAAAUUUUCGUCUAACCAUUUCCCAACUGCCCAAUGUGGUGAGCGCGUUAGUGAGGACAUUAGUCAUGUGUAAUAUGCGCCUCCAUAUCGACAACAUUUCUUCCCAAGCCGACCAAGCCAUCGCUCUAGCAUUACGUAACUCAUCAUCGUCUUGGAUGGCCCGUCUAUCUCAGAUUUUGCCUCUCCUGCCUGAAAAUGCAAAAGAAAAGACUCGAGACCAAGGCCUUCCUGGGCAUGCACUAACGCGAGGCAUUAAGACCUUGUUGUUCCAGAUGGCGAAUAAGACCCUCGCUCUGAGCGAUAUCCAAGCUCGCAGUUUGCUCACGCUUUUCAACACUCUUUACCAGGCCAAUACUCAAGCUCUCAAUCAGCUCUUUGAUGCUACGGACCCGACGACAUACGCCAUAAAGGAGACGUUAUUCUCAGUUGCAGUAAGAUUGGGUGAUGCAUGGCUGGUUUCUACACUUUUGGAAGCUCGCAUGGACCCGAACGCCUUAAUUUUACAUGAAAUCGGCCUAUAUUCCACUGUGUACCGCGGCAUGGCGAAUCUGGAAUUUUCAUGGCAUGUUCUUUCAUGUACACCUUUACAAAUAGCGGCCGAAACGUGCAGUUUGGAAGUGGCUACCAAACUCCUACUACAUGGCGCAAAUCCGAACCUCGGAGUCCCUUCGCCGAUUUACAUUCUAUGUUCACGACCAUCAAAUCCGAAUAGUGUGCUUCUGGCCAAACUCCUUUUAAGCUACGGCGCACGACUCGAUCUUUGCUACGACAGAUUGCCUCCACUUCUGUGUCAGGCAGCGGCAUCAAGGUGCAGCGCACUAGUUCAACUACUCCUACGCAAUGGUGUUACGGAUAAAAUUCUCGAUGCAGAAGCCAUCCCAGGACAUUAUCUUGGAGCCCUGUCACAUUCCAAUGUGCUGGGACAUACAUUCUUGGUCAGGCGGCGAGAAUUGCUGUACCUAGGAUCAAAGGAGGGUUGUUCCAAGACGACAGCAUUGCAGCUUGCAAUCAUCUCGAAUGACAGACAUAUCAUAGAAAUGUUGCUUGGUGCGACCGCGGACCACGAACUUCGAGACGAAAUAUUUGUGCGUGCCCUGGUUACUGCAUGCUUGGUAGCAGAUCAGGAAAUCGUCCACCGAUUGCUGUCUUUCGGCAGCCCAUUCUUUUCCGAUCAAUACUGGCUCAACUUGGCGUUUGUUGCCGUAGCGUGGACUCAGAAUUGUGAGAUUGCGGAGUUGUUGCUCGAGUCUGGUUUCAUUCCUUUUGAGCAUGAGGGAUUGACCACCUCACCCGUUCAGGCAGCAGCUUUGUAUGGGAACAUUCCUCUUAUUCGGCUGCUGCAUUCGUACGGGGUCAAUGUCAAUACCUUCGUACCGAUGCAUCCCUAUAACAGAUCCAAAAACCAAACUUUGAUAUCACUAUCCAGUGCACUCGACUGUGCGAUCCGUAUGAGUCACUGUGAGGCCGUUGACGUCCUGUUGCAGCUUGGUGCGGAGCCCUCCGAUGAGUUGCUUAUACCAGCAAUCAAGCAAGGCCACUACAGAUUGGUAUGUGAUAUCCUGGACAGAGGUGCAGAUCCCAAUGUACCAUAUCACGGAGAGCUUCCACUGGACGUCGCUAUCCGAGGCCGGAAGGGGCUGACAUUGGUGCGUAAAAUCAUUGAUACUGGAGCCAUUCUCAAGGGCAGCGAACUUUUCAGUGCUGUGCAAAGUGACGACCAAGAAGUCGUCCAACACUUGCUGGAUUCUGGAGUUGAUAUAUGCGCAGCGAAUUCAGAUGGUGCAACCGUUUUGGAGGCUGCAUGUCAGGCAGGAAACUAUGGCAUGAUUCGGCACUACCUUCAGCGUGGCGGGCACUAUACCUCCAAGGCAUUCCUCUUCGCUGUCGUAAACGCUAUGAAGAAGCAUGAUUACAGUCAUGUGGAGGAACUGAUGCAGUAUCGAAUUCCUGGGCCGAUGGAUAUUUGCGACUCUAGCGGUUUCGUGAUUUCAAUCUUGGGGAGUGAUUCCACUCUGAUUGAUACAUUUCUCCGUCCAACUUUUACCUCAAUCCUGCCUGAUUCGUAUUUUCAUGCGAACCUGUGUAGAACUAGAUCGGAAAUCUCAAUUCAAGCUGAUUGCCCAGUUGACUUAGCCGGACUGCAUUUGGAACAAUGGGCAAUCAAACCCUCGCGAUUCCCUAAUCGAAAGCGGAUGUCACCCUUAUGGGCAGCAGCGUUCAUGGGUCAAGGAAAGCUAGCCAAGGACAUUAUCGCUAGCUAUCAAUCGCCAGACCCUCUUCUACUCGAAUCGUCGCUGUGCGAUGAGUCCUAUUUCAGCCAGAAAAUGAUAGACUUAUUACUAGCAGCGCAACCACUUUCACCAGUCCUAGCCGAGGUUCGCAACCGUCAUCUGUUGAUAGAAGCAAUAGACACUUCCUCCCGUCUCGAUAUCAUUCGGCAACGCGUUGCCAGCCUCAAAUCUGUUGAGUUUCGGCUUAUGAAUAAGAAUGGGAUUUUCUCGAAAACACCAUUGGCGCUAGCCGUAUCCAGUGGUGACACUGAAUGCGUCGAAAUUCUUCUAGAAGCAGGAGCAAAUAUCAAUCUUUUGCGUUACAGAGAAAAGAUGCCUUCUAGAGGGACAGCUUUGAGUAUCGCAAUCAGCGAUGGCGACGUCAAGAUGGCAUCCUUGCUUCUCGAGCAUGGCGCUGAUACCAAUGCUCCAGCAGAAGAAGAAUGGGGGGUCGAACGUCGCUACAAAGGAGAUGGGGGUCGAACGGCGCUACAGUACGCGGCUAGCGCAGGAAAUCUUGAAAUGGCAGCAUUCUUUCUUCAGUGGGGCGCUGAUGCUAAUGCACCACCUGCUUCUCGGUGGGGCAUGACAGCUUUGGAAAUAGCAGCAGAAAAGGGACGAGUCGAUAUGGUUGGGCUGCUACUUCCUCAUGUAGACUUCCAACAGUACGAUGAGGUCCACUUUAUAAGGGCUGUGAAUUUUGCGAUUGAAGACUGCCACUACGCCGUUGCAGAUCUCCUGAAGGAGCGCGGGCACUGGAAACCUGAAUUCAGCAAGCUAGCGACAACACGCCAAAUGACAGAGAGAGAGCACACGUGCCCUAGGAUCCUCUAUAACGAUCGAUCUUGGUCCGGAAAUUGCUUUCAAUGUGAACACGGAAGUGCGAGCUCUUCGCUUGAUGGUACUGUGUGGCUUGAUGAAGAGAAUUUUGCUGAGUUCGAGUUUCUGUCACAGGAACAAAAUUUGGAAGAAUUGCAGGAGCAAUCCCUCACCGAAAUCAUGGAUGCAUGCAUUGUUCAGAACGGGUCUACGGAAAGGUGGUUAGACGAAUUGGUAAUGACAGAACUUGUGGAGAGCGGGAUGAUUUUUUGA